CACAGACCUCCGAGAGGGUCGAAGAAGGAGACCGCGAGCACAAGAACACUCAAGUUGUGUCACUCAGCAAAGCAUGUCGAUCCUUCGCCCGCGGGGAAUUAAACCAUCAAAAGAUAGGCGGGUUCGAAGUUACAAAUGACUGACGGGAGCUUUCGGGAUAACCGUUUGCGUCGUGGUGAGAUUAAAGGACAUCAACAAUGAUUCGGUGGAUAUUUUGGCUGUUGAUGUCGCGUUCAGUAUGUGACGUUCAAGCUCAGGGUGAAAAUCGGGUGGUUUUCCUCCCUGGGGCCUUCCAGAACGUCAGCGUGUCGGAGAACGAGACGGUGCAGGCCGUGGCCACCGGUAUCCCCGCCGAGGUCGCUUUCGCCACCGUGCAGUUCCACACUCAAUGGCACAACGUCACGUUGUCAUACAGCACCACACCAGUGUUUGGUCUCUCUUCAACGGCAGCGGACACAGGUAUCCUGUUCCCUCUCCUACCGGGACAAACAUCCUUCACCUUGUUCCUGUUCUCUAGCGAUGGAAGCACCGUCACAGGCACAGGCGUGAUUCUGCCUUUCUCCAGCACGGACCCCCUACCCGGCGGUUGUAACAUCGAGUUUAACCUGAACGUGGACCCCAACGUCUACCUGCGCUACAACCUCUUCGAGACCACCAUCCGAUUCGCGCCGGCCAACCUGGGAUAUGAGAGGGGCAGCGCUCCGCCAUCCUGCGACACGUCCACGGGGGCCAACACGCGCUGGCGCCUGCAGUACGACGUCUACCAGUACUUCCUGCCCGAGAACGACUUGUCGGAACGCAGCCUCUUCCGGGCCGUCCAGGCCGUGGGGGACGUGGACGGCAUGAGGGAGAGCGGCAAACGCAUUAUGACGCUGUCCUCGACGGAAAUGAGCACCGUGAUGUUUAGCUCCAUCCCCGGCCAGGGCGUCAUUUACUCGGUGAUCGUUCGAGAUCCCGUCCUCAACACGUCGGCGUCGUACGUCCCCGUCCACACGUACGCUUGCAGCUUCGCCUCCAAACUGGACGGCUGUCAAACGCUGGGAAAGAUAACCACGAAAAUUUUCUUUACGAUCACCGGCUUAGCAGGUCUUUUCGUCUGCUUCUUUGGGCACCGAUUCUUCAAAUCAGAGUUGUUGUGCAUGGGCUUCAGCUUUUCCGCCUUCUUCUUCUUCGUGCUCAUCACCAGGACCACGAGCCUGGAUUACGACAUCAGGCUGGCCGUGUCGGCGGUGAUCGGCGUGGUGGGCGGGGUCCUGCUGGUGAUGAGCUGGUGGCGCUUCGGCUCGGUCAUGGCGUGCGUGGUGGUGGUCGGCCUGAUGCUCGGAUUCAUGGUGGCCGCCACUGUCCUCUUCACUCCUCUCGGGGACUUUGAAGUGUUCAGGCGCUCCGACGCCGUUUUCUGGGUGACCUUCUGCAGCAUCAUGAUCAUCGUCCCGCUCUUCUUCAUGCGCUGGCCCCGAGAGGGUAACAUCGUAACGUGCGGCGUCAUCGGCGCGUACGCCGUCAUCCUGGCGGUGAACGCUUACAUUUAUACCAGCCUUUCCUACAUCACGCUCAACAUCCUCAAGCGCUUCCUCAACAACAACUUCAGCGCCGCCUUCACCGACGUGCCGUUCCAAACCAUCGACUACAUCAUGAUUACAGUGUGGGUGGUGCUCGGCGUCGCGGGCAUCGUCCUGCAACUGUACCGGGAGCGCACGCGGCCCUUCUUCCCGCCCAGCCCGUAUCUCAUGUGGCUGCAGGAGCGCGAACGGCGUAAGACCAACGUGCUGGACCCGAGCCACCACUUCCCGUCUCUGCCCAACCGCCUUUUGGCUCGAGCGCGGCAGCUCACAAAGCGGAUGGAGCCAGCCGGGGAGCACACGCCGCUGCUGCUGUAGAAACCCAGCGGACAGGUGGACGUCGGCCAUCUUAAUUGCAAGCAAGCCACAGUGAGAAUGAGCCGGCGGGCUGCGUUCAAGUGACAUGUCGCGUCCGACGUCUAAGUCGCGAGGGAGCCGUGGUGGGUCAUUCCAUGUAAAAUCAACCAACAACAACUUCACGGUCCAGAUGAAGAGUCUUUGAAGCUUGGGGAUUUUUGGACUGUAGCAAAACACCACACAGCCUCAAGGAUGGACAAAUGUACCAUGGCAGAACUCAUGAGGCAGUUAGUCUUGGCAACGGAAGAUCAAUCUACAGAAUACAUUUUGAGUCUUGCAAAGGUGCAAACGAACAAUCUAACUGGAAGAUUGGAGGAAUGUUUUGUGUCCUGUUCUUUUCCUUCCAUUUCCAGCUACACUUCCAAAUUUUGAAGAGAAAACUCUUAGUUGGUUUUACAAAGAAAUGACCCCCCGGUUGUUUUGUUUACCGUGCACAGAUCAAGAACAGCGCCACUGAAAAGGAUCUACAAAGAACCUGGAUGACAGAUUAUUUUAAUACCAUAAAAAUAAUAAUAAUGACAAUGUAGCUUUUUGUAUGCUUAUGUCACUGCACUUACCCUUAAACACAAACUCGCAUAUUUUCUAUCAGCAACAGUCUUGGAUGGUUUUAAACUCAGACUUCAUUUUCAAUUCAGAUUAAUACUGAAAAAUGCACUAAAAAUAAUUUUUUAAAAAGGCGCAGCCCCCAUUUAUAUGGUCAGUGAAAAACAAAAACUGACAAGUUGGGAAACACUGCCAAAGAAACUGAAUUGCACUCUCCUGUGAUUUACUGUUUGAAUAUUUCUCUUUUGGUCAUCAUGUAAUGGACCUGAUAAAAAAAAAAGAAAGAAAGUGGUACCCGGCCUUAAUUGUUUCUACACUGUUGUGCCUUCAUUUUUCCAAGGGUUU